AUGAGUUUUAAUCAAAAAUCGCAGGAAUAUAUUGAAAAUUCAACUUGUUAUGAACUAAUUGGAACAAUAGAUGAAACUCAUACAGAACAACAACAGUUACAUCAAAUUAUCAUAUCUAUCAAUUCUCAAUUAGAAAACGUAUAUCAAAGAAAAUUAAUUAAUAUAGAUCAUUUAACUAAAUUUAGUAUCAAUAAGAGGUUAAAUUUGAAAUUGCCACAUCUUUAUUUCUUACCAGAAACAAAUGAAGAUGUCUAUAUGUCAGUUCAACCAAGAUUUUCAUCUUAUCAAUAUUCUCCAAUUCAACGAUUAGUACAAUAUCUUGAUCAACUUCUUCGACCAUUAUUUUAUCAUUUUUCUCGAUCAACUACUUUUCUAAAUAGUGGUGAUUUUAUGCAAAAACUUCAAUAUUAUUAUACACAACCUAAUCUUUUUCUACCAAAAACACAUGUUGCAACAUUUUAA